AUGGCGGCGCUCGACGCGCUGCUGCCGGUGUGGGCGGUGCGUUGGAGGUGGGGCCUGGUGCAGCAGUCGCUCCGGAGGAAGCUCCUGGAGCGGGACGACUUUGACUGGGCGUUCCCAGGCGAGGAGAGCGCCGGCGCCACGGAGGCGAGACGACCCCUGCGGCUUGUCGCAGGCGUGGACAUCAGCUUCUUCGUUGGCCCAGACGCGCUCGAGGACACGCGCGCGUGCGUCGCCCUGGUCGUCUGCGAGCUGGACGCCGCCGCGGGCACGGCGGAGGUUGUCUGGGAGGACUACGCCUACGUGGACAUGACGGAGCCCUACGUCGCGGGCUACCUGGCCUUCCGGGAGGUGCCGCACCACGGGGCGCUGCUGCGGCGGCUGCGGCGGGAGCGGCCCGACCUGGCGCCCGACGUGGUGCUGGUGGACGGCAACGGCGUGCUGCACCCCCGAGCGGAGGGCCAGUGGCGGCCAGUGGCCGCCGAGGCGAGCAGGCGCGGGGUGGGGGCGCUGCCGAUGACGGGGCUCGCCGUGCGCGCGGUGGCGGCCGUUGGCUUGUGGCUGGGGCUGACGCCUGGCUCGUCCGAGGGCUGGCUCUUCCAGGCGAGGUCGGAGUGGGACGAGCUCGACCUUCGCCCCCUGGAGAGGCGGCUCCUGAACAAGCGGGCGUUCGGCGUCAGGCCGACCAUCGUUCACGUCGGGCCCAACAACCUGAUGCAGCCGGACGAGGUCGCAAGGUACACGGAGUGGCUGAAGUUCUUCCCGCACGUGCUGCUGGUGGAGCCCAACCCCUCGGUGGCGAGGGGCUUGCUGGAGCGGCUGUCGGCCUGGGGCGCGGCCCGGGCCAGCCUCAUGGAGGUGGUGCAGGCGGCCCUGUGCGUCGGGAACACGCAGUCUGCCUCGUUCUACCGCUUCUCCGAGAACGUGCUGAAGGAGUUCCCGAAUUUGGACCCUUACCACAUAUCUGAGGGUGGCUCUCUGCUUCAAGACAAGUACAACACCACCUGGUCUGAGAACUUCGGGGGCUUCAAGAAUCCUGGAUACUCUCAGGAGGAGUGGGAGCGGAUGUUGACUUACGUUGAGGAGAUCAAGGUGAAGUGCUUCACUGCCGAACGACUGCUGGAGAGAAAUGCAGUAAGACCAUCAGAUGUGGAUAUCCUCAUCGUCGAUGCCGAGGGCCUCGACGACCAAAUCGUGAUGGCCUUUUUUGCACUGGAAGGCUUCCGGCCAGCAUUCGUCAUGUACGAGAAGAGCAUCGUCUGGCGAAUGAAGGGAGUGGAGAAGGGCUUCGGAGCCUUGGCUGAGGUGGUGGGGAUGCUGGUGCAGCGUGGGUACUCGUGGUACGGCGGCGGCGACGUCGACUCCUACGCGGUGGCCCGCGCGUUCACGUGA